AUGCUAUGUUUUUUUUACGACUCUACCAAACUCUCCCAAGAGGUCGAGCCAGAGCUCUCGUCCCAACCAGCGCAUUCCCUAGAAGACGCGGAAGUUGCUGAUUCCCUGCUCGCAUUGGCCGUAGAUGGCAGGCCCGAGAACGAGACGCCUGAUGAUGCGGCGGUCGGCUGGCAGGACGCAAGGAUCAUCGCCUUCUCUCCGCUUGUUUUUUCCUCGGACAUUCUCCACCAGAAUGAUGGUCGCCGUGGCAGUCUUGCGAAUGACAGCGGGUAUGGCACUACUGACAGUCGGCGGAACUCCUUAUCCUCAUCAGCAGUAGUCAGGUCGAACCGUGGUACUGGUGUCCAGUCCCGGAAAGUCGUGAGGCAGAGAGAGCGUCGCCUAGAGCAGAGUCAGGGAAUCAUCGUCGGGUUGCGUCCUCGCACCGACAAUCGCCGCUACAACGUCCGCAACAGACGGUACAUCGUUCGACGCUUACAUUGGUAUGCUGCGAUGGGCCAGGAAAUAUCGUGGGAGGAGUUCGUGGAAGACUACAAUGCUCGCUUCCCGGUCCCCGGUGUGUAUCGAACGGAAGGCAGCCUCAAGUUGGAGAAGACCAGACUCCAAAACAAAGGUCAAUUCGAGCUGUCGUAUUGGCGGGUGCGAGGACAGGCAUAA